AUGGUGCGUUACUUAUUGAAUGUGCUGUUGUUGCUGCUACUGGGGAUCACAAAAAAAACAGCAGUAGCAACAGAUCUUCCUGGCCUGGAUUUUCUUGCAUCUGGUUUCGAUGCAAUUAAAAUGAUAUCGAAUAAUGAAAAUGUCGAAUCAACAGAUCGUUCAAGAUUUCGUGUGUUUAAUUUGAUAACGGAUCGUGAUGGUUAUCCAUUCACGUUAAAUGUACACAAUAUCAAAUCCAAAUUUCAAACUCCGUCUGUUGUACAAGUAACACGUAUAAAUAUGCGAAGUACAGUCAGUGUUCAAAGCGUUUCCUAUACAUAUCAAGAAUUCUUCCACAGUUACUUUCGUUCAUAUUCAUUUGAUAUUGGUAUUACAGCUGGACCGGUAAACGCUGCACUCAGUUAUCAUAGUACAUUGAGUGAAGUAUAUCAGAAAAUAACAAAAGAUCAAGCAGCUGUUGGUAUGUCAACUGAUUGGUGGGGCCUGUUUUCAAUUACAUUAGCACCAGUAUUUAUAUUGACGUACGAUCCAAUAUUUAAUCUUACCAUUUCAAAACUAGCUGCUAACCCACUGAGUGAAACCGAUCAGUUCUUUUAUAAUCAACUGAUAACAUCGUUCGGUACUCAUUAUAUAUCAUCUGUCGUUGUUGGCGGUACAGUUGACAUGUUUACCUCAGUGACAAGUAAAUUUCAACAGGAAUACAGUAAGUUUGCAGUCUCAGAACAAAUUGGUUUUAAAUUCAGCUUUGAAGAAGCACAAAUGUCAGCGAGUAAAAGAUAUGAUAAAGUAAUAGAUGUGUCCAGUGAAACUUUUCGUCAAAAUUCACAACUGGAAGUCAAGUUUCUGCCUGCCAUUAUCGAUACUUCAGCACCAAAGAAUAUUUCGUUAGAUAUUUGGAUGAAUCAAACAGCGAAAACACCAACAGUUAUCAAUCGUACAAUGUCAUCGAUCACAAACUUAUUGUACGACAAGGAUAUCCGAAUUCGUCGUUAUUUACAAUUAACCAUCGAUUAUUAUCUAAAAAAUGGACAAGUACCAAGUUAUGAACAGUUGCGUAAUGCUGGUAGAAAACGACGACGACGAAGUUUAAUUGGAGAUAGUGAUAUGGAACUAAUUCCAGGAAUUGAUGUUAUCGGGUGUGGUUACGAUAUUUUCUCGUUGGACAGUAAAUCUUGUCUAUUCGAUUUAUCCACAAAUGAUAAUGAAACAUGGAUCGAUGUGUUCAAUGAUCGAAUGGAAUAUCAAGUACCGGACGGUUACUUCGUCAGAGGCACAAAAGAUCUAUUAUCAAUGUCAGACACGGCAUUCUUCGACACAUACAAACAAUUCAUCACUGAAUCAUCUUUUUUCACUCGUCGCGAUUCAUCGGGAUUUUUAGGUUUUGGUGCAUCAACAAAUAAACAGGAUACAAGGACAAAGUAUAGUCGAUUCUACACACACAAAUAUCGUAUGGCAUGGACAAAACGGCAGGCUAUUUGGUUUACGCUGGCCGUAGCAUCAUUUCCAACGCCAAAACUGAAUGCCAUUACACGCCUGACAAUUGAUCAUCUGCCGUCAACGUUUGAUUCAAAUUCAACGGAUAAUGUCCAAAAAUGGAAAUUCUUCUUUGACUCUUACGGCACACAUUUUGUUGUCCGUGCUGAUAUUGGUGGAAUGUUCUGGGGCGAAGAUUAUUUUGAAUCGUGCCUGAUUAAGAAAAUGACUGAAACAUGGGUGCGCAGAGAAAUUAUUAAACGUUACUGGUUUUUUAGUACUAGAAAAAUAGAAGAAACCUAUGAUAGAAACGUUAGUGAAGAAUAUCAGCAAAAUUCGCUAUCCAUAUUUAAAAUCAUUGGCGGAGCUACCGACAUUAUACCAUUGAAAACUAUCGAAGACUGGAUGCCAACAAUAAAAGAUGAUCCAAAACCAGUUACAUAUACUCUUCAACCGAUCUACACAUUGUUACCAUUGCACACAGAAAAACGUACGGCAAUGGAAGAAGCAACAUUCUAUUUCCGAUCAUCGAUGGACAACAGUGCCAACUUGUACAUACAACGUCUACAGUCAGAAACCAGUCCACCGGAAUUACCCCAAAUGAAUUGUACGGAGAAGAAGAAGAAACGUAGUGUGAAGUAG